AUGACAUAUGUCGCACCCGACAAAGGCUUCAUCAAAUAUAUGGCCCCUCCUUUCGAAGCUACCAACUAUUUUCCUCCACAAAUCCUACUCACAAUGCCUUCCACAUCCAAACACGUUCGCUUCAGGGAACCUUGCGAGGAGGACCAGUCCCCGCUCCCGCCCAUGAUGGCCUCCUCGCCGUCGUCGUCGCGCUCCUCGAUGGACUCCCCGACCCUUCGCACCCCGCCGGACUACGUGACGCCAGUCUCCCUGCCAUACAUUCCCCGACACGCUCAUCCUUUCCCCUCACAAACAAAUCUGUGGGGCUCGCCGUUCGCGCAGGCUCGGGCGGCGCCGCUCCCAUACUCCCCGUACCUUCACCCCCUCCUCACCAGCGCGCAUCCGCAGUACCCAUGUUCCCUCGAAUGGGACCUCAGACAGUCGCCCGACCACGCGCGUUUCCGCGCCCCCAAUGGGCAGUACCUGCAUCUCACCGACGAGCAGCUCGCCGCGUCCGCGACGUUCCCGCCGCGCAGCUCCCUCCUCAUCGUGUGUGAGUACCUCGCGUGGUCCAUCGACGUCUCCAUUGUCCCCCAGGCGGCGUGGUCCCCGCCGCCGCGCGUGCGAGGCGCCCGCCCGCCUGACCCGUACGUCACCGUCGGCGACGUGCUCUACUGCCUCUACCGCAACCUGCGCAACUCGGUGCGCAGUGGCGAGCUGCGAUGGGCGGAGGAAUCUGGGACGUACGUGCGUGUAGAGGGCGCGUUCAAGGCGAGGGCGACGACGGUGGACGACGCGCGGAAGGGAAUUAGACGGGUGGACUGCCUGAUGGAGAUGAGCCGCUUCGCAGGGCUCUCGCUCGUCGCGUACCACCCUCAGAUGGAGGGCGACAGUCGGAAGGAGGUCGGCCAGGUCUGGUCGUUGUUUGUGCGAUAG